UUUUCUAAAAACGAAAGUAGAGAUAGCAGGCACGAGCAGGAGGAGAUUGAAGAUCAAAGAAUCCAGAACUGAAAGCUGAAGAUGCUGCACGUUCUCAGUGGAAAAGAGCUUUGCUCUGGGCAAAGAGUAUCCUUUUGGUGCUGUCACAGACUGCUCAUGUGUAGGCUGUUCUCAAACUAUACAAACCAGGAACAGACUCUACCUCAUGUUACAUGCCCACAAAAGAUGGUAAAAAAGCUGGAAAAACUGAAACAGAAAAAGAUGAACAAACAAGUGCACCAAAGACGCUCUAAACCCAAAGGUCCUCUUCUAAUAUCGUGCAAGAGGAAAGCCUACAACUUUCACCAGGGUCAGCGAUUUAAUGACCAUGAUGUCCACUCACUGGUCAGUAGCGGAUGGAAAAAUUCCAAGAGAGUCGGAGAUUAUUUCACAUUGAUGUCGCAUUCAGAGAAUCCAAGUUUACAAACAGCGAGUGAACCUAUCUCGUUCAGUGACUUAGGGAUCAGCGAAGCCUUGUGUUCAGGACUUGAGGAGCUGGGCUUUCAAAAUCCUACAGAAAUACAGAGGUUAGCAAUCCCAAGCUUGUUGCAAGGCAACAAUGUGACAUGUGCUGCAGAAACAGGAUCAGGGAAAACACUUGCUUAUCUUCUUCCAUCUAUUGAGUGGAUCCUGAAAUCAAAAGAGUCUUUGAAGCAGUCAGAGUUAGGAAAUGUCAACUGUCCAAAUACCAUAAUCAUGACACCCAACCGAGAGCUCUGCAGCCAAGUGAUGGGUGUAGCAGAAUCUCUAACACCGUAUGCUGAUUUUGUCCCCCAUUGUUCACUUGGGAGUCACUCUCCUUCGGGUCCAACCAGAAAGAGAAUGGUAGCUCCUAUGGAUGUCCUGGUGACUUCCCCUGGCACACUGAUCAAUCUUCUGCACAGGAAUACCAUCCAAGCAAGGAACUUGCAGCACAUUGUGAUAGAUGAGUCAGACACGCUGCUGGAUGACUCCUUCAUGGCAGAUCUGAAUGAAAUAUUCAGCCGCCUUCAGAUCAUGCCAGCUGAGCAGGUCGCGGAGGACAGCUCUAUCCUGCUGGGCACUCAGCUUGUGCUGGUCAGUGCCACCAUGCCCAGGAAUGUGGGUCAGGUGCUGGGGUCUAUUGUACCAGUCGAUGCCAUGCACAAAAUAACAACAGAAGCACUUCAUCACAUUAUGCCUCAUGUGCCCCAGAAGUUCAUUAGGAUAAAUCCUGAUAGCAAACCAGAGAAACUGAUUCAGCUACUGAAGCGAGGGAUGGAGAAAAGGCAACCGGCUUUGGUGUUUGUGAAGAACAACAAAACUUGUUACUACGUGGCCAAACUGUUGGAGGAGACAGGACUGGAUUGCUUGAGACUGAGUGGGGACAUGCCUGUUGAGGCGAGGAAUGGAGUCUUGGAGAAAUUCAUGGAAGGAUACUCCGAUGUAUUGAUAGCUACAGAUGUUGCGUCUAGAGGCUUGGACACUGUCAAUGUCUGUCAUGUGAUCAACUAUGACUUCCCCCAGUUCAUGUCCGACUACAUCCACCGUGUGGGCAGAGUGGGACGUAUAGGUACGGCGCGGAACGCACAUGUCACCUCGUUCGUUGCUCACAAGUGGGAUGUUGAUUUGGUUUGGAAAAUUGAGAUUUCUGCAAGGAAGAUGAAAGGGCUGAGUGAUGUGAAUGCCAACAUCAAGCGAGAGCUGGACAAGUUGAAAAUGCACAAAGACACCUUUGAAAUGAAUCUUAUUUGAUCUUAUGAUUCUGGGAAAUCUAUGUUUGUAAAUAAAUUAUUUGAAAAUACUUAGU